UUUCCCUUCACUGCCCUCGUCUUUCAUGCAUCGCCUUCAUGGCUCUCCCGCUUCCGAGCUCUUUUGAAUGAGAUGCGGCAAGACCGCUGGCUCUUCCUGCUCCUCGUCGUGGACCCAGAUGGAGAGUCAUCUCUCGUAGACAGUGUCGCGAGGUCUGAUUUCGACGUCUGUCGUGAGUUCUGCUGUUGGCGAAGGCGCGGGGAAGUGUGUAGUUGCAAGGGGAUGGAAGGGGGAGUCUGGUUAUCGGUGUGGAUGCUUGAGCUCGGGAGGAUACCCGUUUCAUUUGUGGAGGGAGUGGAGGAAGUGGAGGAGUGUUGUUUUGGAGCUCAGUGAGCAGGAAGAAUGUGAACAUUGGACUGAGUGAUUUCUGGCGGUGGAAUUUUUUCUUGUCUGUAUUUUUGAGAUGGCGCGCUUGAGCUCUGCUUGUCACUAACCUGCGUCAAAAGUUUGUUGCAAUUUCUUUACUUCUCUAACUCCGCCCUCCGUAGUGGGAGCCACGAGUGAGCGACAACCUCUUUCAUCAUGUGUUGGGAGCUCUCCUGCCGUCUUUACGGUGAAGAACAGAGGUUCAUGAAGGUUGUGGUGUGAUUCAUAGGGUUUGACGUGGUGGAGAAAUGACCAACUAUUUUUUAUAAAUUAUUUUUGGUUUAGUUUGUUAGAGGUUACGUGGACGACCAAUUAUCCACUUCAGCAGAAAGGAUUGGUGUUCGUGUUCUUCUUGCACGAGGUUGCGGAGCAGCGGUGAGUCUCAUGGCGGACAUUUCGAGACAGCAGGCUGCGCUGGAACGUUUGGCAUUACUGGAGCCUUGCGAAUUAAGCGCUGAAGCGAAGACCGAAACCUGCAGGGCAACCCGUGAUUUACGUAGCUGCGGGCGAGCUGUUCGUCACGUCCUAUCUGCAUGUGGCCAUGCAUGUCUCUGCCUUGAAUGCCUUCAACGGAGUGUCAGCUGUCCUAUUUGUAGGACUCCAACAGGCAGUUUCGGUCAAGACAAGCUACGACUUUUUGAGGAACUUGUUGAUGCAGGACUUAUACAAAAAGGCGCAGAGUUAGCAGCAGAAAGUGUGGAUGUUGGCCGUCUUUACUCUUUCUUUGACGUGGCACUAAACAAUAAUCUUGUGUCCUUGAUCUGCCACUAUGUUGCUGAGGUGUGCAUGGAUGAAGGAGCUGUUUCCAGCAAUGCAUUGGUGUCUAUAUUAUUGGAUGGUGUCGUGGUGAAAGAUUGGUGCAGGCGGACCUUUCACAGCGUCGCUCUUGGACUGCGAGAUAUUUACAAUCUCAGCCCAAAACAGAUGAUCGCGAAAACAGAUGUUAUUGACUGGAACGGGAGAAGGUUAGAGGGAGUUGUCUAUAUUUUAGAAGCUCUUGAGGCACCACUAGUGGAUCAACCGCUUUCUCCAGCUCUGAUUGAGCUUCGUCAGCUUCUGGAAUCUAUUCGCAAAGUAAUCCAGCAUUUAGAAGUGAUGACGUGGUGUGCACGACAUCAGUUUCUGGAAACUAUUCGAUCAAGCUAUACAAGCAUCAGCCAGUGGCAUGCAUCUGUGAAAGAACGAACGUCAGUGGCUCAAGAUAGGGCAUGGCCAGAAACUCAUAAUAAUUGUAAGUUAGAGGUUCUACAACCAGCGACUCUAUUUAUCGAGGAUGCAUUGGUUAACCUUGGCCUUCUUGAAGGCGACGAUGAAAAUGAAGUGGGGUUUGGAGACCUUCCUGAGCUGAACUGGCUUCGGCAAGGACCUACAGCCCAAACUCCAGGUUCUCUUAGGUUCAGACGUGAUUUAGAGCCGACGCAAUCAAGGUCGCCUUACCCCCCUGAAAGCGUCCGUGCUGCUGUGGAUCUGUUAUUUUUGAAGGGAACCUGUGAUCUUAUACUCGCCAAGAAGGCAAUUUUUCUGUACUUUUUAUUUGAUCGUCAUUGGGCAUCUCCUGAUGAGAAUUGGCGAGGAGUGGUAGAUGACUACGUGAGCGUUUUCAGCAUCUCAAGACAUUUCAUGCUGGAGUCCCUUGUAUUUUACCUUCUCGAUGACAGUAGUGAUCAUGCCCUGGAGGAUGCGUGUCAGUUACUGCCGGAAAUUGCUAGCCACAAUACACAUCCAAAGGUGGUCACUGUCUUGCUUGAGCGUCAGAAGCCCGAGGCAGCACUCGCUGUUCUUCGUGCAACUGGACGUGAUAGCCAGGGAGUAGGGCUUGUUCCUCUUUCAGAUGCUCUCACAACCGUUAGGGUUUGGCUCCAGUGUGGUCUUCUUACUCAAAGCUAUUUAUAUCAGAGAUCCUACGUCGAUUGCGUUAAGCGGGAAGGGGGUGAUUGGUUAACUAGUACGGAGGUGUUGGUGAGCGAAAUCUGCAGGUUGUGUAUGGGCAUGAGCUUAGUGAACAAAAUGCUAAGUUUGCCAUGGAGGAUAGAGGAAGAAAAGUAUGUGAGAAAGUCUUUACUUGAUCAUGCUGGAGAAGACUCCUCGUCUACAUCAGGGAAUCUCCUGGUUGUCUUCUAUGUACAGCGAUGUCGGUAUAUCGAUGCACAUUUAGUUCACAAAAAGUUGAGGGAACUUGAGGAGUUGUGGGGAGAUAAGUGCACUGAUGAAGCGAAGAUCUCCCGAGUUCGCAUGGCAAGUGAACAGAGGAACCGAAUUGUUGAAAAGUGCAUGGAGCUUCUACCAGAGCUCCAGCGGCGGCAGGCUCGCAGUGCCAUAAUCGAUUCACCUCAACCUGACUUGGAGUCACUUCAACCAUUAGUACAGGCCGUGGACGAACAUAGACUCAAUCCUUUGGCAUCCCCUCUCUUUGGUUAUCCUGGUGGGAACUUGAUCAGGGAACCCAUGGCUCUUGAAGAAAACAAUUUUCCAUCCAGCUCUGCUUGGGCUGGUUACAGUCAUCCGUCAUUUACACAAGAACGCUUGGGGCCACGAUCACCUGCACCUCCCUCUCCCAUUCUCUCAAACACGAAUUUUCCUGAAACAAAUGGGCUUACUGUAUCUCACGAGUUUGCUACCAUGGGAGAAAGCCCUGUGCAAGGGCGGCGUCUUCGUUAUGAGGCUGAACAGCCUAGGGAGUCGCCUUUUCCUACCAUUGACUUCGGAAAUGUGCGAAGUGGGGAUGGAUUGGAUACAGCAGGACCAGGCUCUUGGGCAAGUGGAGUGGAGAAGCAUAUAACGGUGAAAAGGAAUGAGACUGGUUAUUCAGGCAAUGGGUCUCUUUUAACCAUAGAGAAUGGUCUUAGGACAGAUGGUUUGCAUACUGACAAUAGCCACACGGUGGAAAUGGACAUUGAGGGAAAUAAUGGUUGGUCAUCUAAUGGGAAGCGACACCCAUCAGACCGGUCGUGGUUGCAGAGUGAUGGAGAGAAGGAAUCAUUAAAGGAUUUCACACUUAAACCCAUAGACGAGGGAAGCGGACCCUUAUCUGACAUUGGCACAUUACCCCGAGAAUCAUCCAGAAGGAAUGCAGAGGCUGACGAGAAUGGAGGCAGUCGCUGGCGCUCUGAUGAAGGGGGUGAUGAACCAGUGCCAUCACUUCUACCAUCAACACGCUUGAAGACUCUUUCCCAAUCACAGGGAAGGUCCCGUAGUAGGUUCUACAGUUUUCGAGUUUGACUCGACUUGAAUGUCGCAUGCGAUUUUCAUCAUUUUGACACUUUCGUUAGUAGUUACACUGUGUGCGCUCCAGUUUUUCUGCUAAAUUUUCCCACCUCAGUGCUAGAACAGAAACCAUUAAUCCCCAUCGAGCAAUCCAUGUGUCCGAAUUUUUAGGAUGCUUGCCUCCGCUUCUGGUGGACUACGAUGUGCAUUUGCUGUCUUUUGAGAUGCUUAUUUACUUUCCUGCAAAACAGGACAAUAAGAGCCAACUCUAGAGGCAAUUUUUGCAAUCGUUGUAAAGAGUGAAAUAUCAUGCCCUGUUGGAAAGGAUAUCACGUCAUUAUUUUGAGUAAGUUCAUGAUGUCUGUAGAGUAUGAAUCAUAGAGAAUAGCACUUGUUUCAGGAAGCGCUAGCAUGUUAGGUAAUACUCGUUUUUCUGAUAUUAUCCCCUGUCAAGGUUGGUAUUAAGUAAUGGCUCUCAAAUCACUGUCCCAGUUUCA